GUGGUAUCAGUCACCAAGGACACCUUUAAGUUUAUAUGGCCGCCGCGAUACGAACCAGUCUUGCUUCAACUUUCGUAGCGAUUUGUACUCAAGAUGGUUCGACUAACGAUAAACAGUCUUCUUAAACACAGCAGUAUGAAGAUGCCGGCUGUAGGUUUUGGAACAUGGCAGAUCAAACCAGAAGAAAUUGACUCAGCUUUGAACGCAGCCAUAGAUGCGGGAUAUAGACACAUUGAUACAGCUUACGCAUAUAAUAAUGAAGUCGAUAUAGGAAGAUCACUCAAAAAAAUGUUCGAAAGUGGAAAAAUCAAAAGGGAAGACCUUUUCAUUACAACAAAGCUUCCACCUUGGGGAAAUCAUCGGGAGGAAGUAGAAAACUUCUUAAAGACAUCCCUCGCCAGACUACAACUUGACUAUGUUGAUCUUUACCUUAUUCAUUCUCCAAUGGGAUUGAAGAAACCCGAGGAUGUGAACACUCCUAUUGCGUCUCUAGGAUUAGAUAUGAAAACUGAUCUUUUGGAAUUAUGGAAAGGAAUGGAAGCUCAAGUAGAAGCGGGAAGGACCAAGUACAUCGGUAUUUCCAAGUUUAAUGAAAGUCAGAUUCAAAGGAUACUCGAUAACUGUAAGAUUCGACCUGCCAGUCUUCAAAAUGAACUGCAUGUCUAUCUUCAGGAGAAAGAACUAGUGUCUUUCUGUAAUAAAAAUGACAUCACUGUAACUGCUUUUUCUGCCUUUGGUUCACCGGGAACUAGGACAUGGAGUGAGGUUGCAAGGUCUGCUGCUAUACCUCUUGAAGAUCCUGUUAUAACUGAAAUUGCGAAGAAAUACAACAAACAGCCUUCACAUAUUCUGCUUAGGUAUUUGAUCGAAUAUGGUGUUGCUGUCAUUCCAAAAAGCUCCAAUCCUUCUAGAAUAAAGCAAAAUAUCGAUCUAUUCGAUUUCGAACUUACAAAAGAAGAUUACGACAAAAUAAGCAGUCUAGAUCGUGGAGAAAACGGAAGGAUAUUUGGUGCUGCUUUCUUUGAGAAGAGUAUAAAGCAUCCAGAAUAUCCUUUUCCUAAAUAAAUUUUACUGAAAAGCACUGAACUGUUAUAAGUUAUUAUUAUUUCACAUUGAUGUAUUAUCUAUUUAAUUGUAUUAAAUAAAAAAUUGUUAUAAUUUUU